AUGGGCUACUUAAAGCAGAUAGACGUGGAAAAUUUCAAGUCAUGGAAAGGAAAGCAGACAAUAGGUCCGUUUAAAAGCUUCACGUGCGUCAUUGGAACUAACGGUUCAGGUAAGUCGAAUGUGAUGGACGCUCUGGGGUUUGUGAUGGGAGAGAAAGCCUCCAGUCUGAGAGUGAAGCAAACCAAAGACCUGAUUUAUGGCGCCCACGUUAAUAAACCGGUCUCCCGGACCGCGUCGGUCACUAUGUGCUUCUGCGACGAUAACGACGAAGAAACUACCUUCAGCCGAACUAUAUCAGGUGAGUCCUCGGAGUACCGAGUCAACGGCAGGCAGGUGACACCGAGUCGGUACAGAGCCGAGCUGGAGAACAUAGGCAUCGUAGUGAAAGCCAGGAACUGCUUAGUGUUUCAGGGUGCAGUGGAGUCUAUCGCUAUGAUGAAUGCAAAGGAACAUACAAAGCUGUUUGAACGCAUCAGUAACUCCAUUGAGUUGGCAAACGAAUACGACACCAAGCUAGCAGCACUGCAGAAAGCAAAAGAGGACACGCAGUUCCAUUUUAAUCGCAAACGGGCAGCCACUGCAGAGAAGAAGCAGGUGUUCAAGGAUAAAACUGAGGCAGAGAAAUAUCAGGCACUGGUGGAGCAGCUCGGUGAAAGCAAGCUGCACCUCAGCCUUUUCCAGCUUUAUCACAACGAGAGGCGUAUUAAUGCACUCCUGGAGUUCAUGAGAGAGAAACAGGAAGCUGUCACUGUCAAAAAGAGCAUAGUGGAGGACUGGGAGCAAAGUGUGAAGGCUCAGAAGAAAGAGCACGGACGCCUAAACCGAGAACUGCAGAAACUAGAGAAGGAGAUCAAGUCCCAGGAGGAAACCCUCAGCCAGCAGAGGCCUCAUUACAUCAGGGCCAAAGUGAACACCAGUCACCACCAGCGCAAGGUCGAGGAAACGUGCACCAGUCUGCUGAAGACCCAAAGGCAGCAAGCCAAGAAGGAACAGGAGCUGCAGGAACUGGAGACUGAGCUGGCCGAGCUAGAGAAGGCCUGGAGAGUUUAUGAGACAGAGAUAGCGGAGCAGGCUGCUCAGAGGGGCGAGGACGUGCAGCUUGAGGAAGCUCAGCUGGAGCGUUAUAAGGAGCUGAAGGAACUGACCAGGAAAAAAGGGGCCAUCUUAUUACAGAAAGCUGAGAAACUACACUGGGAGGUGAAGGCUGAUCGGGAAAAGCUGGAAUUUGACAAAAGGCGAACAAGUGAAGUCGAGACAAACAUUAAGCAUGCUGAAGAACAUCUGGACGAGUUAAACAGGAAGGCAGAGAAACUGGAGGAAUAUGCCAUCACCUCUAACAAAGCUCUGGAUGAGCAGCUGGAGCAGGAACGGUGCUUGAGGGAGACGUUGGAGCGUGGACGGUUGCGGAUACUAGAAGUGAACGAAGAACUGGGCAUGGUAGGGCAGGAACUUCAGAGCGCUCGCAUGGAUAGCCAGGAGAAUCGGAAACAACAGAAACGAGACGAGCUCUUUCAGAGCCUGCGUAGACUCUACCCGGACGUUGUGUACGGACGAUUGAUGGACUUGUGUCAGCCAAUCCACAAGAAAUAUCAGCUUGCUGUCACAAAGGUGUUCGGUCAUUACAUGAACGCCAUUGUGGUGUCUACUGCAAAAGUGGCCCGUGACUGCAUUCAGAUUAUAAAAGAGGAGAGAGCUGAGCGAGAGACCUUCCUCCCUAUCGACAACCUGGAUGUUAAGCCGCUAAAUGAGCGUCUCCGGGAGGUCCGUGGGGCCAAGAUGGUGGUGGAUGUGGUGCAGUGUUCCCAGAAUGCACCACAGUUGAAGAGAGUGGUGCAGUUUGUGUGUGGAAAUUCCCUUGUGUGUGAGAAUCUGAAAGAUGCCCGCCAUGUUGCUUUUGACGGCCCAGAGCGCCUUAAGACUGUGUCUUUGGAUGGUACCUUGUUCUCCAAGUCGGGGGUGAUCUCUGGUGGCUCCGUUCACCUGCGGCAUAAAGCUCGGCGCUGGGAGGAGAAGGACAUGAAUGGCCUGAAAGAGCGAAAGGAGCAGCUUAAUGCAGAGCUAAGGGAAUUAAUAAAACUGAAACGCAAGGAGGCUGAGCUACAUCAGAUCACAGCCCAGGCCCACGGAAUCCAGACUCGCCUCAAAUACUCUAACUCUGAGCUGGAGUCCAUCCGCAAAAAAAUCAUCCCAACCCGUCAGUCUGAAAUCUCUAGACUGCAGAGUGAGCUCUCAAACAUGAAGUCUCAGAUCGAGAUGCAGACCAAUAAUGUGCAAGUGAACGACAGUCGGGUGUCAGCCCUCCAGGACGAAAUCAAUCACAUGGAGGACACAGUAUUCUCAGACUUCUGCGCUGAGAUUGGAGUAGCCAACAUUCGUGAGUACGAGCAGGAUUAUGUGAGACAGCAAGGAGAGAUCGAGAAUAAGCGGCUGCAGUUUGAGUCGCAACGCACUCGUCUGAACACACAGUUGGAGUAUGAGCGGGAGCAGCUGCACAAGCAGCGCAGGCUGAUCAGCAAAAUAGAGGACUCCAUCAAGAAAGAGGAAGAUGUUGUCCUCAUGUUAAAAAAGGAGGAAGAGAAGCUGCUUGUUGCAGUAGACGAAUCUCAGUGUAAGCUCCAAGACUUAAAGAAUAAGCAGGCAGAACAGAAGUCUUGUAUUAAUAAAGCGAAGGCUGAGCUGGAUAAGAGAAUCAGUGUCCAUCAAGAGAACUCCAGGGAACUAACAAAGCAGCAGAAGGAGAUGAUCUCUGUGGAAACUGCAUUGGAGCAUCAGAAACUUUGCAAACACAACCUACUCCUGGGCUGCAAAAUUGAGGGCCUGCCUCUCACAGUGCUUUCGGGAACACUCGACGACAUCAGUGACAUCGAGCUGGACUCUGAUUCUGUAAGCAUCACUACACAAAGCAUUUAUGAGCGAGAAGCACAGAUUCUGAUUGAUUAUAGACAUCUGGGAGAUAAUCUGAAGAGUCUGACUGAGGAGCAGGAGGUGAUGUCCCAGCUGGAGGUGCUGACAGAGCAAGUGUCGUCUCUGGAGAAAUUGAUCCAUAUGUCCAAACCACCCAAUAUGAAGGCCUUGGAGAAGAUGAGUGAGGUGAAGGACACGUUUCGUGGUGUGGCUGAUGCAUUUGAGGCCAGCACAAGUGUAGCUAAGAAAUGCCAUAAGGAGUUUGAGCAAGUGAAGGCCAUGCGCUUCCAUCGGUUCAGCCAGUGCUUUGAGCACGUUUCUGUCACCAUCAACCAUAUUUACAAAGACCUCUGCAGAAAUGACAGUGCUCAAGCGACUCUGAUUGCAGAAAAUCCUGAUGAGCCAUACUUGGGUGGUAUCAGUUAUAACUGUGUGGCUCCUGGCAAGAGAUUUAUGUCCAUGGACAACCUGUCAGGAGGAGAGAAGUCCAUUGCAGCACUCGCUCUGGUGUUUGCUAUUCACAGUUUCCGUCCUGCUCCAUUCUUUGUGCUGGAUGAAGUGGAUGCUGCUUUGGACAACACAAACAUUGGAAAGGUGACAAGCUUUAUUAGGGAACAAUCCAGAAAUAACUUUCAGGUCAUUGUCAUCUCACUGAAGGAGGAGUUCUAUUCACGCUCAGAUGCUCUGCUGGGAGUCUACACUAAGUUCAAUGACUGGAUGUCCAGCCACCUCCUGUCACUGGAUCUCACUCCAUACCCCCUCAACGACGAAAAUGGUGAAGAGCCAGAGAGAUGGACAUGAUGUGAAGGAGUAACAAAAGAAAAUGAGGGGG